AAAUCAUCAAUUGAACAGGACAAAGCUUUUUUUCUCUCUCCGGGGACUGGCUUGCUGGUAGAAAAUUUGUCCUCAACAGCUUUCGCGUUUUCAAAGUUUAAACUUUAAGCCCAUCUCUCGCAGUCUCUCUUUCUCUCGCUUGUUCCUCUCCGUAGGCGUUUCAAGAAUUUUACGCCAAAAAUUCGCUGUACGAUUCAAUUCCAAAGAUUUUCUAGUAUCUUGGUAUUUUAAGGUGCUGGUUUCGAGGCUUUGAAAGGAGAUUCUUUUUUGGCUUUUUUUUUUUGGCCUACGAAAAAUUUACGGGUGGAUGUCCUGUUCGGUUUCUUGGUUUUGGUCGGUAUUUUGGGUAUCGAAGGAAAGUAAAGAUCCUUGACGGGUUUUUGAAGUCGCUGCUGAUUGGACGAUUGGAGGGGAGAUGACUGUUCCCGGUGGCUUUCUGAUUUUGACGUUCAUAGUUUUAGGGUUUAUCAUCGGUUUGUCUUCUUGAGGUUUUCUUAGGUUGUUGGGAUUAAGCUAUUUUCAGGCCGUUUGAUGAGCUUGUUUUAUGCCCCGAGCGACUUCAUGUGGUAUUAGUCUCCAUUCUGCAGCUUUGUUCUUGAUUGAUUGGUUUCCAAGUCUGAUAUUUGCAUAGAACACACUAUGGUAGCGAAAAAUCGGCAGAAUGCUCCUAAUUCUCCUAGUCCAAAACCAGAGGUUGGAGAGAUCGAUACAAGUCCACCUUUUCAGUCUGUUAAAGAUGCUGUCACUCUAUUUGGUGAAGGAGCUUUAUCUGGGGAAAAACCUGCAAUUAGAAAGGCAAAAGCUUAUUCUGCUGAGAGGGUUUUGGCCAAGGAGACACAACUUCACUUAGCCCAGAAAGAGCUGAACAAGUUAAGGGAACAACUAAAGAAUGCUGAAACUACUAAGGCUCAAGCCCUCGUGGAGCUUGAAAAGGCUAAAAGAACUGUUGAUGAUCACAGGAAAAUUAAAGCUCUAAAUGAAUCCAGGGCAUUAUCAAUUAAGGCAACUGAAGCUGCUAAAAAUCAGGCCCAACAGUUUAAAGAGGAAAAGUAUGGCAACCAUGAUGGAAAUAAUGGUGCCUGGAAAGAAGAAUUAGAAACUGCAGUCAAGAAUUAUGCAUCUGUUAUCACAGAGCUUGAUGCCUCUAAGCAAGAACUGAGGAAGAUUCGUCAAGAGUGCAACUCAUCCUUGGGCAAACUUUCUGCGUUCAAGCUAGCAUCAGAAGCUGAUGAUUUGAUGAAGGUAAACACAGAAAGAGCUGCUGAGCUGUCUAAAGAAAUUUCCGCUGUGCAGGAAUCAAUUGAACAAAUGAAGCAUGCUACCAUGCAAGCACAGCAAGAUCAAGCUAGGAUAUUAGCUGAGAAAGAUGUACUGAGACAGUCAUAUAAAGCCACCCUUGAAAACUCACAAAAGAAAUUGCUUGCUUUGAAAAAGGAAUUCAAUCCUGAGCUCACAAAAAAUAUUGAGGUGCAGCUGAGUGAAACAAUGAAUGCAAUUGGGGUACUGCAAAAAGAAAUGGAAAGCAAGAAGACUUCGGACUUAGAUACUGUGAAAAGUGUCACAUUGGAGCUUGAUGAUGCUAAGGAAUCACUGCAGAAAGUUGCAGAAGAGGAAAUCUCUCUUAGAAGUUUGGUGGAAGCUCUUAAGGUGGAACUGGAUAAUGUGAAAAGGGAGCAUUCUGAAUUGAAGGAGAAAGAAUCAGAAACUGAAUCCGUUGUGGGUCUGCAUGUCAAACUGCAGAAAAGUAAGUCUGAUCUUGAAGCAUGCAUGGCAGAAGAAUCCAAGGUUAGAGGUGCAUCUGAGGACAUGAUCUUGACACUGAACCAACUGUCAUCUGAAACUGAAAAUGCACGAAGGGAAGCUGAAGAUAUGAAAGUUAAGGCUGAAGAAUUGAAGAAGGAAGCUGAAGUCACCAAGGUUGCAUUAGAAGAUGCAGAGAAAAAGCUGAAAGUAGCGCUGGAUGAGGCAGAAGCAGCAAAAGCAGCUGAGGCAAGUGCUCUUGAUCAGAUUAAGGUUUUAUCUGAGAGGACUAGUGCAGCACGCGCAUCAACUUCUGAAUCUGAUGCUAAAAUUACAAUCUCAAGGGAGGAGUUUGAAUCAUUAAGUGGAAAAGUUGAGGAGUCUGAUAAGUUAGCUGAAAUGAAAGUGGCUGCUGCCCUGGCACAGGUUGAAGCUGUGAAGGCCAGUGAACAGGAGGCGAUUCAAAGGUUAGAGGCAACUCAGAAGGAGAUCGAGGAUAUGAAGGCUGCUACGCAGGAGGCCUUGAAAAAGGCUGAGAUGGCUGAAGCUGCAAAGAGAGUUGUAGAGAAUGAGCUUCGCAAAUGGCGUGAACGAGAGCAGAAGAAAGCAGCAGAAGCUGCAUCACGUAUAUUGGCUGAAACACAGAUUUCAUCAGAGUCAUCUCCACUCCAUUAUAUGAAUCAGAAGCCAAGCCAACCUCCAAAAGCUGUUGAGGUGCGGAAAUUGGAGAAAGAAAAGGUUUCAAUUUCAAAGAAAGUACUCCUGCCUAAUCUAUCCGGCAUGUUUCACCGGAAAAAGAACCAGGUUGAGGGCGGAUCUCCAUCUUACCUGCCCGGUGAAAAUCCAGUGUGAAAUUUGUUACAGUUGUGCGGUUCUUGAAUGUGAGAAGCAUAUUGGCUUGUGUGUAGUUGAAAUCAAUGUGAAGAGAUUGUGGUGGUAGUGUUUGAGGGAAAGAAUUGUGAAAUGUCCAUAGUUUUCUGUAAAUGGAACCAAGUAGUAUUGUUAUAUAUUGGUAUUUUGCUUU